AUGCCCAAAGCUUCAAGUUAUUGUCCUUCAUGUGGCAAAAAAUUCAAAGAUCACUCAUCUGUCACUCACCAUAUGAGUCAGCCCUUAUCUGGGUGUAACAUGUGGCUCGAUGACCUGAUCCAACUUGAGCAAUCCAGCUGCUCCCCAGAAGAUCAUGCCAUGGAAGUGGACAACAUCACUGAACCUUACAUAUCUGACUCCUAUGAACCAGUGGGAUUCAUGGAUUCAGGUGACACUUUUGGUGAAGGAGAGAGUAUGGAGAGAACACCUCAGGACAAAAUACAGGAUGCGAGCAGUGAAGUUACAGACCAUUUUCCCAAUCCCCCGCUUGCCUUCAAGGACGGAUACACAUUUUUGAGUCUCUUUGACUCCGAUGAGAACAGCAUAUAUCACAAGAUGAACCUCUAUUAUCCUUUCAGCUCUCAGAAAGAAUGGCAAAUUUCAUCAUGGCUUCUGCGCUCAGGAUUAAGCAUGGGGAAGAUAGAUGCAUUUCUAGGCCUCGAAAUGAUCAAGGACUUAUCUUUAUCGUUCUGCUCAGCAAGAGAUGGUCCACGCUGGAAGUCACAAGUGAUCACUACAAUGCAUCCUAUGAAGUUGCCUGUUGUUCUGUACUGGCGUGAUCCUCUUGAGUGCAUCUUGAAUAUCUUCAACCAUCCACUGUUUCAUGAUUGUAUGGACUACAGCACUCACAGAGUAUAUACUUGUGUGCAAAAAGCCUGCCACAUAUAUACUGAAUGGAUGACAGGAGAUUGUGCUUUGGAAAUUCAGUCUGCUUUACCUGUGGGUGCAACCUUCCUCAGCACAAUUUUAUCCUCAGACAAGACUACUAUUUCAUCAUUGACAGGUGAUCACAUCGCUCAUCCACUCCUCAUCAGCCUUGCCAAUCUACACAUGAACACAUGCUUGAAAUCAUCGACCCACUCUUUUGUCCUCACUGUGCUUCUACCUGUCCCAAAGUUCAUUCACAAGAAAAAAUGCAUGAAGGGUGUGUUGCAGGAUCAUCUUAUCCACCAAUGCCUCAACAUCAUUUUACAUCCACUGAAACAGGCUGCUGAACAUGGUAUCAUGUUAUCAAUGACUCUUGCCCAGCUCGCUGUUAUUCACUCACAUGCUAACCCAAAUGAUCUCGAGGCUUAUUUCCGUGAAGCCCAGAAAUUUCGCCUGAAUGGUGUCAACAAGCCAUUCUGGAGCGACUGGAUAUUUGCAGAUCCUUCCCAUUUUCUUACCCCCAAAAUCCUCCACCACAUCUAUAAAGAGUUCUAUGACCAUGAUGCCCAAUGGCUCAUUGUAUCCAUUGGAGAAUCUGAAAUUGAUUUUCAAUUCUCUGUUCUACAGCCCAUCACCAGGUUUCAGCACUUUCAUGAAGGGAUAUUGAAGUUGAAAAAAGUCACUGGUCAUUGUCACUGUGACAUCCAUGUGGAUGCAGCGCCCCCCGGUGUCCUUGCUGCAGUACAUGCACUCAUGCAAUUCCGUUACCUUGUGCAGUCGCCACACAUUAACAAGAAUGAUCUCAAGCUUAUCUCUGGUGCACUGGAUGAAUUCCAUGUGAAGAAGGACACAAUUAUUGCUGCUGGGGCUCGUCAGGGGCAGUGCAAUAAAGUCAUCAAUAAUUGGCAUAUACCUAAGCUUGAAUUGAUGCAGAACAUUGUCCCCAGCAUUCACAACAGUGGCAUCACGAGCCAAUGGACUGCAGACAUCACCGAACAUGCACACAUCACAGAGAUUAAGGACCCUGCAAGAUCUAGCAACAAUGUCAACUAUGAUCUGCAGAUCUAUCAUGAUCAAAGCUUGCACUCACAAGUGCAGGAUGUCGACAUAGACCCUCAAGACAAUGUUGACACUGAUGCUGACAAGACUAUUGAGUGUCCGUCUACGGUCCAUUCAUCUGGAUACUCAUGUCCCAUCACCGACUAUUUUUCUAUCGCUAGGAAGCUCCAGCAUAUGGAUUCGGUACCCUUACCUCUAUGCUCAUUCAUCAUUGAACAUGCUGCCUUCCAUCUUUCCUAUGAUCCCACCAUUAGGAAGGUCACUGUUGAUGAGAUUGCUGACAAGUUUGGCCUUCCUGAUCUGUGGUCAGCUAUUGCUGAUUACCUUCAAUGUGAGGCCACCUUUGGACAUCAAUACAUUCAUCCAAUAGGUGGUCCUAGAAGAGCUGAACAUUCUGCUAUACUUCCUUUUGACAACCUCCAAGUAUGGAUCAAAAUCCAGCUUCAAGACACAGAAUUUCAUGAUCCUUGUAGUAUUCGACCUGCUCAGACACUGAACUGUGCACCACCUGGUAGCCCCUGGAUUUUGGGUCAUUAUGAUACAAUCAUUGUCCAGACUGAAGCAGGGUACUCCUGGCUGACUAGUGGUCUUUCAGGUCACGCCGUAGCACAGCUUCGACUUAUCAUGCAUCCCAUGGCAAAACGUGACACCCCUUCAACAUGGAAAGAUCAGUUCUUGACUUAUGUCCAAUGCUUUAACAUCUCUGGUGAUUGCGAUCUGAUCACACAGCUGCAUUUGCUCAAGAGAGCAAAAUGCUCUAAUGGGACUUGCAUAGGGGAUGUUGUACCUGUCUCUCAAUUAAGGGCACCUGUCAAUCUUGUUCCACAUUUUGGCACUGUUGCGGACAUGCGUCUCACUGCAUACAACAGUUUGGAACAUGCAUUGGAGUUCUGGUUGAAUCACUUUUGGGAUAAAAAUACCUUUUUCCCUCUAUCAGCAUAG